UGUUAUGAAAUUUGGUGUUCAAUCCUUUGAUUAUAAAGAGUUAAAAUAUGGAUUUUCUGCACUGUGUACCAAAGAUUUUUUUAACCUUUGCUUUUGAGAAUUAGGAGUUCAACAAAUUAUAUCCUCUUGAUUUUUUUUACCUUGUCGUCAUGUCUCUACUUGAAAGUGUUCAGAUAUUCUUAGGAGAGCUUCCUUUUUGGUUACUCCUUGGAGUGAGAGAGUUAACAAACCACUGACAUGCUAACUUACAUUUUAGGAAGGGAUAUUGAGGAAUCCAAACUCUUUUGUCAAAUUGUAGAGCACAGACAUCCUUAUGUUAUGAUUUGAUCUCUGUACAGUUCAGUUCUUAGAAUUUAGCCAGUAAUGCUGCCCUUAGGACCCAGGGUACAAAAAAAAAUUAUUUUUUUUUUACUUUUAAUGGCAUUAACCCAUCCACUGGUAUUUAGAAGGAGUCAUUAGUAAGAGUUUAUCAAUUUCUCUCUUCACUUUUGCUCCAACAAAAGGCUAAUGCUCGAAACAUCAGCUUUGAAUCUCUUUACAAUGGUCAAUUUACAUUAUCAACUCAGUCACCCCCGCUGAUGCAGCACCACAGUUUCUUUAGAAACUUACCCCCUUUAUUUAUUUAAUUCUUUGGUUGUGUUGCUCUUAAACAGGCAGCCAGUGGGGUAUCAAAGCAUGGAGUCUUAUAAUCCUGACAGUUCAAAAUGCUUCUCUCAUAUUAACUAUGAGAUACACACGGACACUGCCUGGUGACAUGUACUUUUCCAGUACAGCAGUGAUGAUAACAGAGGUUGUGAAAGUAGUUACAACCAUGCUGAUUCUGCUGGCAGAAAAACGCAGCAUAGUUGAGUGGAUAAAGUAUUUAUAUUCUGUUAGUGUUGGUCAUCCUUGGGAUAUGGCAAAGAUGCUUGUGCCUGCUUGCAUUUACACUGUUCAAAAUAAUCUACUGUAUUUGGCAGUUUCCAACCUAGAUGCUGCAACAUAUCAGGUAUCUUAUCAGUUGAAGAUUCUGACAACAGCACUCUUCUCAAUUGCUAUGCUGAGUAAACCAAUUAAUAGGGUUCAGUGGCUGUCUCUGUUUAUGCUAUUUGUUGGGGUGUCUGUUGUUCAGCUACAGCCCGUUAAUGGUCCUGUGACACAAAGCUCGAAGGAAAAGCUCUCGACACAGAACACCUUGUCUAAAACACACAACCCUCUACUGGGGCUUGCCGCAGUUGUAGCUUCUAGUAUGUGCUCUGGAUUUGCAGGUGUGUACUUUGAAAAGACCCUCAAGGGAACUGCGACACCUCUGUGGGCCAGGAACUUCCAGUUGGCCAUAUUUGGUGUCAUUAUUGGCACCAUGGGCAUGUAUAUCAAUGAUGGGAGUAAGAUCAAAGAAAAAGGCAUUUUCUUUGGUUACCACAAACUUGUCUGGCUAAUUAUUGCAAUGCAGACAUUUGGAGGUCUUUUAGUUGGCAUUGUAGUUAAGUAUGCUGAUAACAUUCUAAAAGGCUUUGCAGCAGCUGUAUCAAUUGUCGUUUCUUGUAUUGUAUCAGUUUAUUUAUUCCAGUUUAAUCUCAGUUUGCCUUUUGUAUCUGGGGCUGGUUUAGUUAUGCUUGCUACAUACUUGUAUGGAAUAGGACAGAAAUUGGCUGUUCAAAAGAAUGCCACAAAUGGCUCUAAAGAUCCUAUUAAAACUGAAUAAUUUAUGAUAUCAGAUUAUGAUAAGUGUAGUAGAAAUUUUGCCACUACUGGUUAUUUCUCCAUUAUUUAAUACAAAUUUCUCUAAAAUUUAUUGAAAUCUGUUUACUCUCCUUCCAUGAAAUUGGUUUUUAUUGAGCUGAAUCAUUUUGGCAAUUGUGAUGUCUUGUUUACUUUUGAAUUUUUCUUUCUCUGAUGUGCUACAUCAUAAAAACCAGUUGAUAUUGAACAAACACAGUGCUCCAAGUUGCAACCAUUUUGGUCACCACUGGGAGUUAAAAAAGAUAUUUGGUAACCAAAAUUUCAACUUAAGUUGCUAAUUGGCCACCAACAGAUUUGGAAAAAAAAAAGAAAAGUGUGUAAAACAUGGUCAAAUUAUCAAAUUGAGGGGGUCAAAACUUUUUUUAUGGCAACCAUUUUAGAAUUGAAAGUGGCCAAUAGGCGACUUUUUAGAAAAUUGAACUUAGAGCCCUGAUACAUGUGAGCAAGUGUAUGAAUUUUCAUGCUGAUAUAGUCUUAAGAAUACAGUUAGUUUGCCAGAACUUUAAUUACAAAUGGGAACAAAAGUAGUAAGAGUAAUACUGGUUUGCCUUUUUUUCUGAUCAUGUAGCUUUAUUGUCAGAGCUAAAGAAAAAAUUUGCCGAAGACAGCAGAGCAUAGCUAACUCUAAAGGCAAUUAAAGAACAUCACAAAGUUUGUAUAUUUGCCUUUAAUAAAAAAAAAAACAACGAUUACAAUCUUACAGAAGGAUGUUGGGAAUUUGGUAAAUUACACAACAACAGGAACACUUAAAGAGCAGUCUUCAGAUUUCCUUUAAUAAUAACAUGACAGACCUUUGAAACAUGUAAAAAUAUUGUUUUUUCAGAGUUCAAGAAACUUCUUAACAUGAGUACUAUUUCAAUGAAGUACACGGAAAGAAUACUGUAAAUGCACAAAAGAAAGUCUGAAUUAUUUGUAAUUUUAGGGAAUGUUAGCCAAAAAUGAACAGUGGUGUUGACAGAAAAGAACUUCUUUUUAACAUCUUUACAAAGCACACAACGAGAAAAACAAAUCAAGUUUUCCUCUUCCAGAAAGAAACAGAGAAAUGGAAAGCAAGACUUAAGUACAAUGUUGUAAUGUUGAACAUUUUCCAGAAGUAUUUUUUUGAAGAAAAAAAAAGUUUUUGUUAAUUCCUGUUAGUGAGAUGACAUCUUCAUAACAUAUUCAGACACUGCAAAAAAAGUAUUAAGAAAUAGUAAUUAUGUUAACACAGACAUAAAUAAUGGACUUACAUAUAGACUGCUUUUAAAUCAGCUUUUUGCAAAUUGCAUUUCACCAAUAGGGGCAACAAACAGUAAAUUCUCUGGAGAAGGACAUAGACACCCUCUGUCCCUGCUGAAUUAGUAAGUCUCCCUUCAGUGUACCGAUUUACAAAAACAUUUGACAGACAGAAUUUUCAUGAUGUACAAUGAGUUAAGUUUUAUUCUGAAUUCUCUAGAUAAUUACAAAGACACCUUCUUGCAGUUGGACUUAGUUACAUUGUGUUUAACUCUUGAUCAUUCGCAGUGUUUGAGCAAUAAAACUUGGCAGACCUAAGCCAAUUGGUGGUCUUUGCUAUAAAACAUAUUGCUUGCUUGCAGAGUGAUGUAAACCGCAGUAACACAUUCCAUGUAGGUUUGGACUAUUGCAUUAAGAGGUCAACUAAUUAGUAGUGACAGCACAUGCAGGCAUCCCACGGUGUAUACCAACUUACCUCAACAGCUUUAAUAACUGAAUGGUUAGCUUAUUCAAAAAUGAUCAAAUAAAAGAAUGACCAACUUGGAAGGC